AUGGGUAACAACACGUCUUCGUCCUCCAAACCGACCACGCCGACUACUUCAGCUCCGGGUUCGGCCCACGGCGGUCAUCUUCAUGGCCAUGAAUCCCCCCGCCAUCAUCUGCGCAAGGAUGCCCGCAAUAUCAUCACCGGACACACCCAACGCUCGGCCGCGCCGCCGGAGCCUUCUAUGGCGCAGGCCCAGGGUUCGACCGUGAUCAAUCGCCCAAAGAGUUUGCCUCCCACGGCGGUGUCUUCUCUUAGCGGCUCCCCACACAGCAACUUUACGGCGGUGCACAAGACUGCUUCAUCCUCCGAUGCUAAGGCCAUCGCCGAAAAGCAAGGUACCGCAACGCCCGAGUCCAAAUCUCAUCACCGCGAUGAACCGACCAAGCCCCUCGACGUCCCUAUGGAGUCCUCUUCUCUACGGUCACAUCAGUCCGCUCACGUCCACGAUUCUGCGUUGAUCCCCAACAGCAGUAUUACAGAUAUGUAUCUGACUCGACCCCCUCGCCUACCUCUACCUAUCGACGAGGAAGUACAUACUCCUGGAUCCCCCAUCCUAGCGCCAGAGAAUGAUCAGGAGGGCGAUAUGGAGCCCAUGGACUCCUUGGACGGAAUCACCCGCAAGAGCUCUGCUCUCAGCGCUACGACAGUGGAUGAAGAGGACGGUGAGGAGUUGCGAGUUGACAAGACAAGACCUGUUGUCCAAACCAAGCUGGAAUGGCUCAGCGGAGGCGACAAGAUUUAUGUGACGGGUACCAUUUUUCAAUGGAAUCGCAAGCAACGGCUGCAUCCCAUUGAGGGUCGGCCGGGCUGUUUUUCGACGUCAGUUUACGUUCUACCAGGCACCCACCAUGUCCGCUUCUUGGUGGAUGGUAUUAUGCAGACAUCUCCCGAUCUACCCACCACUGUAGACUUUGGCAACAACCUCGUCAACUACAUCGAAGUCAGCCCCGAGGAUGCCCACAAGGUUCCCGCACCCUCGGCCGCUGCCUAUGCCGAAGCUCAAGCCGCUGCUGCUGCUCAGGCGACUGCGCAGGCUGAGGGACUGGCCCCUGGAGCCCCGAAGCCACCGCCCCAACCGAAGGGCAAGCUUGUGCCCCCUCCAGAAUCGUAUCGUAGUCAGAUUCCGAAAUACCUUGUCGACUUUGACCAGGCUGAGGAUUCGCAAGCGUACCAAUACGCAGUCAACGCAAUCGAGAGACUACCAAACCCUCCUGCUUUGCCAGGCUUCUUGAGCAAACCGAUACUAAAUGCAGCGACUCUUAUGAAGGACGACAACAGUGUUCUCAACAUGCCAAACCACACGAUACUAAACCAUCUUGCCACUAGUAGUAUUAAGAACAAUAUUCUUGCUGUUUCUGCUACUACUCGGUAUAGAGAUAAGUAUGUGACAACGAUCGUCUACAAGCCUACAGCUUCCGACGAAAGUUGA